AUGAGUGAGAUAUAAAUUGAAGAAUAACCCUUUUGCUUUAAUAUAGGAUUAAAUGAAAAUGAACUAAACUCAUCCUUCUGUUCACAAAAUAUUGAAUAGGAGCUUUACAAAAAGCAGAAUUCUUAAGCUAGUCUCUAUUUUUAAUCUAUUUCUUAGUAGGAUAAUACUAGUGACAAGAACUAAAGCAGCUAAUCUCAAUGUCCUCCUAUUAAUUUCAGCAAUAAUUUUUAUCAUAAUUUAGAAUAAAUAAUGUUUAGUGAUGAUGCAAAUGACAACCAUUCUUCUUGCACCAAUACUAGCAGCAACGUUUUUAGUUUAAAAAAAGAAUCAAAUCCCAGUUUCCGUAAGUAGUCUUCUUUUAAUCUUGAUAAAAAAUAAAACUCCUCCUAGAACUUUGAUAAUUGCAUACAAAAGCUUAGAAAAUAUGAGUCUGACGACUGUAAAAACCAAUUGUCUUACGGAUUUGCUACCACAACUAAUGCAAAUACUGAAUUAAGUCUCUCUAAUUAAAACUCCUUUUCAUCAGCCAUAAGCACUCCCUUUUCUCGAAAUACUAAAAAAUAGAAUAAUGCAACAUUUUCAGCUCAUUCUUAGGAUUCAAGUUUAGGCUAUGAAAGAUUCAUUCCAACUAGAAAAAAUAAUAAGAUGUUUAUUAAUUUUUAAAAUAAAGACUCUUCUGAUAUGACAAAGAAAUCUUCUUAAAUAAAAAAUGACCCCUAAACUGCAUGCUAUUCCCAAAAUAGCAAUGAAUCUUUCUCAAUUGCAUCUCUUUAUUAAAAGCAUAUCUUAGAUACUUCAGAUAACUCCAAGAUUCUCUCUUUUAAUGGAAACAGACAGUAAAACACUAACUCUGCAUUUAUGUCCUAACAAAAAUCAGGGUUAUAUUCAUAGUAGUCUAUUAUGGAAUAAGAAAAUAUUAAUGAUGAAGAUUUCUUUAGGAGUAAUGGAUAACUACCAAGUUAAAGCUCCUUAAGCUUUAAAAAAAAGUAAUCUUUAGUUAUCACAGAUAGUACAAAAAUCUUAGAUGCACCUGGUUUAGAAGAUGACUACUACUUGAAUUUACUUCAUUGGAGUGCAUAAAAUGUCAUCUCUAUUGUACUUAAGAAUGAAGUAUUUGGCUACAAUUAUAGUAAUAAAAAAAUUUUUAGUAUGCAAAAACCUGAUAAAAAUAACAUAUAUAAAUUUACAUCUGUUAAAUUUAGCAAGUCUGGCAAGCUGCUGGCAAUCGGAGACUCACUUGGAGGUGUAUAAAUUAUAGAUGCUGAGACUCGUAGAGAAGUAGCUUUCUUUUAAAACCAUGAAGAUAGAGUAGCUAGUCUUUCUUGGAUAAAUGACGAAAUUUUAGCAAGUGGUUCAAAAGAUAGAAAUAUUUAUUGUCAUGAUAUACGUGAUAAGAAUAUAGUCCGCAAAUAUCAAGGACAUCGUAAUGAAGUUUGUGGUCUAGAAUGGUCAUGCGAUUAAUAAACAUUAGCUAGUGGAGGAAACGAUGACAAAUUAUUUGUUUGGAAUAUAGGAUACAAUCAGCAUUAGUAUAAAUUCUCACAGCAUAAAGCUGCUGUAAAGGCCAUUACCUGGAGCCCUCAUUAACAUGGUUUGCUUGUUUCAGGAGGUGGCAGUCGUGAUAAAACUAUUCGUUUUUGGAAUAUUCAUACAGGAAAAGAAGUUGAUUGUAUUGAAACAAGCAGUUAAGUUUGCAGUUUAGCCUUUACUAAGAACACUAAUCAAUUUGUUUCUACUCAUGGUUAUGCAGACAAUGAAAUAUAUGUUUGGAAAUAUCCUAACCCUCAAAAAGUAAAAAUAUUCCAAGGCCACUAAUAAAGAGUUAUUUACAUGGCUUUGAGCCCUGAUCAAAAAUAAAUAGUCACUGGAGCUAGUGAUGAGACUCUUCGUUUUUGGGACGCCUUCCCGGAUGCCCCUUCUUUUAAAGGACCUGAAUCAACUCUUAAAUUUUCUGAUUUAAGAUGA